UUCAGGACUGCGCUUGCUAAGUGGCGCUAAAAAGUAUUGAUAUUUUAACAUUUCGUUAAAUUGUUGUUUUUCAUAUUUUUUUGUGUGUUCAAAAUGGCUUUUAAUAAGCAACCGUAUACAGAAAUGCACAAUGAACUGCUUCAAUCUAAUUUGAACGGCGGUACUGCACCGCCGCCGCCGGCUUAUAUCCAAUCCGAAAAUGUAGCCGCAAGGCCGACUGCAGCUAGCGCUGUGCCUCUGAAUAUAACAGAGCCCAUACCAACCUACACAACCAUCUAUACAAAUCCCAAUCCGCCAGUGGGUCCAAAAUCCACCAAAUUGCGUUGCCCACAGUGCAAGUGUAUGGUGGAGACGAAGGUUCGACAUCGCUCGACCACCAAGACGCAUCUGGCAUGUUUGUUGCUCUCGUGGUCUUGCAUUUGUUGUUGUCUACCCUACUGUAUGGAUACGUGCCGAAAUGCAAAUCACUUCUGCCCGAUGUGCGGCACUUUUCUGGGAACCUAUCAAUCCUGAGCGGAUUUUUAUUACAAAAAAAAAAAACAGAGAACGCGGGGAGUUAAAAGAAUGCAGCGUUUGCAAAUUUAAAAGAAAAAAUGAAGUGGUAAAGAAACAGAAGGAUGGAUUUUCUCUUUCAUAAUUUGUAGUAUGUAAUAUUAAUUUUUAAACUUAAAAACUUAA